UCACUUUCAACUUCUCACAUCCACCGCAUACUUGAUCGGCCGAAAGAAGUAUAGACGCGUUGUUUCAAUUUUUAUUGAUUUAAGCGUAGAAACGCGAGUUAUUUUCGUGACAUAUAUCAGAAAUUGUUGCAAAGAUGGAUUACAAUAAAAUGAAAGUCAGCGAUUUGAAAGUGGAGUUAGCAUCACGAAAUUUAGAUACUAAGGGAGUGAAAGCUGUUCUCGUGGAGCGUCUCAAAGAAGCAAUUGAGAAAGAAAAUGAAAAUCAAGAGCAAUCUACGCCCGUGACUACAGCUAUAAAAAAAACGGAAUUAGGAACGCCAAACCAAUCAACACCAGCGCGUCGAAGUCGACGACGAUCGGUGACUAGGUCUCCAUCGCCAGUGAAAGGAGAAAUUUCAAUCCUUGAGAGCGUAAGUGAAGAACCCGAACACAUAGAAGCUACAGACGUGUCUAGUGUUCCGAAAAAGCGUCGAACGGGAUCGAUUAAUAGAUCACCAUCCCCAGUGAAGACUAUUGAUGUGAAGCGUCUAGAAGUACUGGAAGAGGAAUCCGAUCCAGUAGCUGUAAUAGAGAAAGUUGGGGUCCCCAUCAAUGAAACUGAACCUGAUUCUCCAGAGAAAUUUUUAACACCAACAAAACAAACGAUCCCAACCAAACAUUCGACUUGUAGUUUAACAAAAACAGAAUCGAUCACUCCGACAAAAUCUCAAACGGUUGUUCAAACAAGUCCUACCGUUUUAAGUCCAGUCAAACCCGCAAUCAUGAGUCCAACAAAAUCAACAGCUUCUCCAACAAAGAUUAUUGCUACCAGCACGACGAUCACAUCUUCUGAAAUGAACCCUGCAUCUAAACAAACUGAUCUUAAUGAGGCAACUGUUGAACCUUCGGUUCAAGAGCCAUCUUCGAAAUAUUCUGAUGAAUCUUUUGUAGAGGAUCAAUCUUCUGGACCGCAAGAAGAUGCCGUAGAAUUAACUAAUAAAGCACUAACUGGAGAAAUAUUAGAAACGAAGAAUGAUGUUCACACUCCAGAAAACGAAAAAAAGCCUACAACUGAGGAAGAGGGCCAAAAACCCGUUAAACGUAAGUCAUCAUCACCUACUAAGGAAUCAAUUAAGACUCCUCGACCAAAAACUGCACAAACUCCAAUUACAUUUGUGGCUGAAGAAAAUGAACCAGAAAUCGACGACAAUAGAUUGACACUCAGUUGGUUUGAUUCGGAUCUCAAUAUGGAAAUCGAUGACAAAACAUUGGAUGCUGCUAGACCACUAUCAGAAGCUGCAUUGGCACUGAUAUGGGCAGGAGCACGUGCUAAUAUGGGUGUAAUUAAAGGAAAGGUGGCAUUCGAAGUUCUUCUCACUAAAUAUAAUGAAACUAAAAAGGUAACUGAAGAACCUGUGACUAAUGAAUUCCGCGUAGGGUGGUCGACGUCCAAAGCAAAUUUGCAAUUAGGAGAAGACAAGCAUUCAUUCUCCUAUGGCAGCGUUGGUUCGAAAGCAAAUAAUUGUGAAUUUAGUGACUAUGGUAUUGUAUAUAAAGUUAACGAUGUUAUUGGAGCGUAUUUAGACAUGGAUUCUAACCCGUGCAAAAUUGAAUAUACCGUGAACAACAUUAGCCAAGGGGUGGCAUUCGAGUUUGAUUCUGCCGAACUUGAUGGACAACCACUUUUUCCUCAUGUUUGUAGCAAGAAUAUUGCUUUCAAGGUCAACUUUGGGCAUCUAGGGCGUAGCCUACUCAAUGAUCGAGAUUUAUUGAAAAAAACAGAGUUUGAUGCAAAGGAGAAAGCACCUGAAGAAAAGGUUGACGAUAAUAUCAAACAAAUUGUUAAUAAAGAAAUUGCUUCUUCGGCUAAUCCUGGUGAAAGUGAAGAAACGCGUGAAGCAAAUACUUCAUCGCAGCAUCCUGCUUCCGAAAAAUCUGACAUCUCAAUCAGAGAAAAGUCAACUGAAACAGACGAUGAAGCAACAAACAACAGCCAAGAUCCUCAAUGUAUCAACCCAGAAUUUAUUUAUAUUGAUCAUGUUCCGAAAGAGCAUUUAGUUCCGGGCAUUCAUCGGCCAGAAGGACGACAAGAUUGCGAGGUCAUUUUCCUUAUUGGACUUCCGGGCAGCGGAAAAUCGCAUUGGGUAGAGAACUAUCUACAAACACAUCCAGAAAAAAAGUUCACAGUGCUUGGAGUUGGAACAUUACUAGAUCAAAUGAAGAUUUUGGGUAAACCUAGACAGCCCUCCAAUACUAACAAAUGGCCCAGACUGGUGGAGCAGUUGUCAAGAAGUCUCAAUAAAUUAAACGAUAUUGCAUCCAAGCGACGAAGAAAUUUUAUAUUAGAUCAGCAAGCCAAUGUGUUUGCGUCAGAACAAAAACGCAGACUACGUGGUUUUGGUGGUUAUGCUGCUAGAAGAGCUGUCGUCGUUGUACCAGACCACGAUGAAUAUAAUCGUCGUUUCAAAAUAAAAAAUGAUACUAUUGGAAUUGACGCACAAGAAGGAAACAUCAGAACAAUGAAAGCUCAUUUUUACAUUCCUGUUCUUGAACUUGGUUGGUUUACUGAGAUCAUAUUCGCGGAAUUGGACGAAGAAAAAUCUCGAGAAGAGGUUAAAAAGCUUAACGAUGCAGGACGCAAGGCUUUGCUGCAAGGAAGUAAUAAGAGUCAACAGCAUCGACGAGGAUCAAACCAGCGUUGGAAUCAGGGAUUCGGUAACAAUCGUUACGGCGGGCAAAAUUACCAACAAGGAGGAUAUAAUACAUCACGGUAUAAUAACACUCAGCAUUAUUCACAACAUCGAAAUUAUCGACCGGGUAAUGGUUACGGAAGACGUGAAUCCGGUGGUUUUGGAGGAAAUCGCUACGGCAACAAUACAGACUGGACACGCAAUAGCGGACGUUAUGAUAAUCGUUACAGUAAUCAAGGAUAUCAUAACAAUCAAAGCAGACGUUUUGAUGGUAACCGAAACGAUUAUAGAGGGUACAAUAACGCAUCAGCGUGGAACCAGGAUUCCAAUUCCUAUGGUGGUUAUGGUUCACAGGGUAACGAUUCACAACAGUGGUAUUCGUGGUGGCAGUCAAAUCUCAAAAACUUAUUGCAGCAAGGAGGAAGUGGAUCAGAUAAUAGUGUACAGCAUGCGAACAUGCAGCAGUACUGGUCGCAGUACGCCCAACAACAGAACUACGGUAACUAUCCGCAAUCGAAAUCCCAUGGAUCGGGAGCGUCAAAGAGCAAGUAAAUGGGUUACUUAAUUAUAUUUAGAGUUUAGGUUACAUUUUAGCAACUUUUUCUCCCUCUCUCACCUCAAAGUUUCAACUAAAUUAGCAAUACUCCAUCAGCUAUAAGUGCGAUCUUAAUUACUUUGAAUAAUGCUGCAUAAAAGUUAAGUAAUAUAUCAAAUGUAAUUGGUAAACAUGCAAUUAGUCUAUUCUAUCUGGAAAUAUUCAAAUCUUUAAGAAGUACAAUUAUUUAAUUUGAAUCUAUUCAAUGCAAGCAUGGAGAGAGAAUUUUAAUAAAUAACGUAGUUUAAGUUCUGAACGGAUUAUCCACCUACUCUACCAGAUUAUAACUUUCAGAAAGUGCAGUUAAGUUAACAUAAAGUUAAAAUACAAACUGGUGAAGUAUUUAUUCAUGCUAAACGCGAUACAAAUAAUUUACUGUACUAAGUAUAAUUAUGAGUUACGAAUAAAUUUCUUUUACGAAAAGUACUGAGAACAAAACAAUGAUUUUGGAAUGCUGUAUUGUUUCAUAUAUUCAGUAUAGUCUUGUAAAUUGUGAUUUUAUUUACAUUUCACCCGUCGUCAUUAUUAUUUGGUUGGAAGUAGAAUCAUACAUUCAAGACAGAAUAUAGGCUAUACAAUAGGAAAAUAAUGCAUCUACUAUAUAAGAAAUUGUGAUUAUACCGUUUCAAUAAAAACAAUGAUCAUACUGAUAAUGAUUUUGUAUCACAUCGA